AUGCAGCACAUCAUUUCCACUGUUACCAACUUCGUCGAUCUAUUUCAGUUCUGGGUGGGUCCGGUCAGCUCAGAGCAGCCCUUGCGUUCCUGGGAAGCCAUUGCUCAGGGAACUGUACGGAGGGAUCUGGCUGAUCGCCCUUUGCUCCGAACAUACGAUCGCAUGUCUGGAAGUCUACCAGACGAAUCGGGAGACAUGUAUGCAAGAGCACCUGACAUGCCCCUGAGAACCUCCCAAGCUCGACGAUCGACACUGCACACGCAUAUCAGGAACAAUGAAUGGAGGCCUACCCCCUAUAUCUCAUUCACGUCCUCACCUGAAGCAAUCGAGAACUUUGCAAACUUCAGAAGAACCCGGCCGUAUAGGAAAAACCAGACAAUCGUGGUGAUCGACCCUGUGGUACGUCUUGAGGCACAUCGCCCGGUGAUCAACUAUGGUGAAGAAAAACGAUACUACAACAUCCAGGUUCCGUAUAAUUUAUCUCAAAAGGAACUCGACUCCCAUUAUAUCUGCCUUUGGGAAGUCAGAGCAGACGAGGUCGUUGGACAUUGGUCUUGGGAUGAGUUGUCUUCCAAGCCGAACUGGUACGAUGAUGUCGUCCUCCCUGCUUUGAAGAGUUUCCGAGAGAAGAGACGACAAUACCAAGUCGAAGAGAACCUUUCAAGUGCACUUAGUGCUCUUGGGUUAAACGAACCUUCGACCGAGAGCUCUUCGGAUCACGGCAGCAGCGACGAAGAGGUCUUUGAGAGCCCCGAUGGAAGUGACCCCAUUCGAGAUGGUAUUCGAGCAAACCUCUAA